AUGGCAAAGUACUUAGUGGCCUGUGUGUUUGCUGCCGUAGUCCUGAUCGGUUUGAUCCAGGCAUCGGAUCUGAUCCUCGGUAACAUUGUGUCCGGCGAUCGUAUUCUAUACUCGCAAGUUGCAUCCGCCCCCGGUGUUAUCGGAGGACUCGCAUACCGUGCGGUAAACUAUACCGGUGUGUACAACAUUACCGCCAUCCGUGCGUACGACCGGACCUUAAACCGUACCGGACAGGCCCAUGUUACCGCCGGAGGACUGUACCAACGGUACGUUAAUUUGGCCCUGCAGACCCGCUUCAUUGGUAAUCCACUGGACUAUUUGGUGGAGAUCUACGGCCGUUAA